GGUAGAACCUUUAUGGUAGAACCCAGCAGAGAGCGGAACCACAACUGACAUCAUGCUGGGCUCCUUGGUCCUGGUUUGGGUUUUCAUCUUUCUCCUCUUCCUCUUCAUCAGGACCCAGAGGCCCAAGAACUUUCCUCCUGGACCCCGACUUGUGCCCCUAUUUGGGAACCUGUUUCAGCUGAACAUCAUCAAUCCUCUGAAAGACUUUGAGAAGUUGGCUGAGCACUAUGGGAAUGUUUACAGCCUGUAUAUUGGAGGAACACCAGCAGUGGUUCUUACUGGGUUAAAGGCUAUGAAGGAAGCUUUGGUGAAAAAGGCUGCAGACUUUUCAGGACGGCCACAAAAUCUCCUACUCAGCCAUGCAACAGAAGGGAAAGGUGUCGCGUUUGUUGAUUAUGGUCCUGCAUGGAAGGAGCAUCGGCGCUUUGCCAUCAUGACCCUGAAGAACUUUGGCAUGGGGAAGCAGUCAAUGGAGGACAGGAUUCUGGGAGAGACUGAACAUCUCGUGAAAUGCUUGGAAAAAAGUGCUGGGGGCUUCCUGAAUCCUCAGACUUUGUUCCAUGAUGCUGCAUCAAACAUCAUCUAUCUGGUGUUAUUUGGAAUUCGCUACGAUUACGGAGACGAAACUCUUAAACAGUAUGUUAGCCUUAUCACCGAAGCUACAAAAUCUGUCAAUGGACCCUGGGGAAUGAUAUAUGACAGCCUUCCUAUUCUGAGAGCCCUGCCCCUUCCUUUUAGGAAGGCUAUCACAAACUUUAAAGUACUCAAAAAAAUGAUAGCAAGUAUGAUCAGCAAACACAAGAUAUCAAGAGUCCCAGGGGAACCAGAAAACUUUGUCGACUGCUAUCUGGAUGAGCUUGAUAAGAGAGGAGAUGAUGGGUCUUUCAAUGAAGAGCAGCUUGCAAGAUGCGUUGUGGACUUGCAUGGUGCUGGGACAGAUACCACCUCUAACACCCUCCUAACAGCGUUCCUCUACCUCAUAACACAUCCAGACAUCCAGGGUGUGCACUAUGAGCUUUCUACUGCAUUUGAUCAUACUAUUUGUUUGAUAGAUUUACUAGAGACAGUAAUUGCUUCACAUGCCUGCUCUGUCGGCUUUCUAGAAAGAUGUCAGAAGGAGAUUGAUGAGGUUCUGGAGGGUAAAGCUCAUGCAUCUUUUGAGGACAGACACAAGAUGCCGUACAUACAGGCUGUGAUCCAUGAGUGUCAGCGUAUCGCCAAUACUGCCCCUCUGGGUGUGUUUCACUGCACCAGCAGAGAUACUGAACUGAUGGGCUACAGCAUCCCAAAGGAUACUGUAAUCAUCCCGAACCUCGCCUCAGUGCUGAGUGAGGAAGGCCAGUGGAAGUUUCCUCAUGAGUUCAAUCCAGCUAACUUCCUGAAUGAGCAGGGACAGUUUGAGAAGCCGGAGGCCUUCCUGCCCUUUUCUACUGGGCCUCGUGUGUGUCUUGGUGAAGGUCUGGCUCGCAUGGAGCUCUUCCUCAUCUUGGUCACUCUGCUGCGCCGCUUUCAGUUCUUCUGGCCUGACGAUGCAGGAGAACCAGACUUCACUCCUGUGUAUGGAGGCACACUCACACCCAAGCCGUACAGGAUGGGAGUCACACUGAGACAGACAGCUAGAGAAACAUAGAAUACGAUUCUAAAUAUCAGGAUAAUUGAGAAGACUAAUAAUGAAUCAUUCUUUAUUGGUUAUGAGGUAAAUAAAGGUCAGAUUAGAUAGCUGUGUGUGAAAGUUAACUUUCCAGCUACAACCACAGCACCAAAGAAUUUUGUGAUGAGCUUCAUUCUAUGGUUUACAUGCUUUCAUGAAAUAAAGUUGAAUAAAGUUGUUUGAUGGAUGUCACCAACACAGGGUGUUUGGAGACUAAAUAACAACAGGGGAGAAACAACACCCCACAGUCAGAAGCACUGAUUACAGUCACUAUUUAAAGGUCUUAUAAAACAAAUGUUAAAGGUCUUAGCUGAUUGAACUAUUUACUCCCUUUCCAAAGUCCAAGUCUCCCUUCAGGGUUUCACUCACUUUGUUUUUUCAGUUGUUGUUACUGUUGAUAAAACAGUCCAGCAGUCACAGACAUUCACUCAGUAUCACUAGUAUCUAAGGCACAAUUAUUUUUUCACAUAGGACCAGGUCGGGCUGAGCAGCAUUUUUACGUCAAUAAAUGAAAUCAUCAUUAAAAA